UGCGAAUUGUCUUAACCUUGGGGGUUUCUUCGACAGGGUGGGUCCCGAUUGGGUUAGUGUCGGCUGGGAGCGAUGCUCCCCCACGACCCCGUCCGUUUCCUCUGUCUCAGAAAGUUUUGCGGAAGGAAAAAGCGUAUUCUUCAAAUGGAGCGUGCCCUAAAAACAGCGUCUGUGGAUUUAAGAGUUAUAAUGGAGGCUCUUGUUCACGACUUGACCCUUGCGUUAGAAGAAAGUAGCAACAGCGCCAAUGUGAGGCGUAGAUGGGGUAUCAGGAGAAGAGCAAGGUCAACAGGGAAUAUUCCUUCUCUGAGUGCAAAUAAGCAUUCAGAUGAUAGUUCGUCCUCUAUAUGCGAUGUACGCAUCCCAAAAAGUGCGACAGUCUCAAAAUAUCAGUCGGACAGCGAUGACAAUAACCAGACAAAAAGAUUCGCUCGCUUUUCAAACUUGAAAAAUAUCAAUAACAUCGAAAGUGAUUCAGUAAAUGAAAAUUUUGCACCUGGAGCUAACACUAGACGGAAAAGAAAAUUCAAGCGAAUGGCUAUCGACUCUGAUUCUAAUCCAUCAACUUCACAGACUGUCACGAUGAUCCCGAGUUUGUCAGGCAAAAAGAAAAGGGGAUUUCGGAACGAUUGCAGACUUAGACAUGAAACAUGGUGUGGCAAAAGGAAGAGGUCAUGUCGCGAGCGUUCAAUUGACUGUGAAAUGCGAUCUCCCAAACCAAACCGUAAUUCAAAAAUAAAAAACCGUGGUAAGAUGCAAGCUGAGGAUGUGAUGGACUGCUCACGCAUUUCUAACUCUAGUAUUUCGUCGAGUGAUUCUGAAACUGGAAUAAUUACCAACGAUGAAGACCGCGAAGGCGAUGAUGAGCAAUCCGAUUGGAUUGGAGAUUCAGGAUGGUGGGACGACGGGGACAGCACAAAUGAAGAAAAGGUCAGUUCAGAUCCGGCUUUGCAAGUAAUACUACACGGUAGCUUUGAGCAUUUAACCGAUGAGGCGAAAAAAAAUUAUCGUCAAAGAAUGCAAUGGAUUCGAGAUGGACUCAGUGGCAGAGAAAUUCGAGCUGGGCGACGCCGUGUGGAUAAUAAGCCUGGUUAUUCUAUAAUAACUUCGGCGAACGAAAAAGUUUCAAGGUUUCUACAGGACCCUAGCCAAAGUGAACUAAAGCUGCAUCCAAUGCGACAGCCUGAGCGUGAAAAACUACGAAGGCUUGCCAAUUUGUACAGCUUAAGUUUGAAGGGUGAUUUGAGUUGUCCGAUUUUAUACAAAACUCGCCAUACGACCCAAGCCAUUUGCGUCGAUCAAGUUUCUCUGAAUAGAAUAUCCGAUUACAAAAGGCUACGAAAGACUCCACCAAAUUCGCCAAAUCCUGAUUCGGAAAUGCAGGAGAAUGAGCUACCUAUUUCAAGUGUGAAUUUUGGUACACAAAUUACAAACCAAAUACAGGGUAUUGGCUCUGUCGAGAGCCUGACACAAACUGUAAACUUUGGCUGGGAUAUACCAAGUACAGACCUGCAAAUAAAACCAAAGUUUCAUAGCUUUGGUCACUCCAAAUCUAGCUAAAUGUUAUAGAGAUUUUAUUACGAAUCUACACAUAUGUUCUUGCAUAAUGACAAUUCUCUGAAAACGCCGAUUUUUACAGUCAUAAACCAGUUUUUGUAAGUAUAAUUCAAACUUAAAUCAAGCUCCAUCGCACCUUGAUAGCAUGGUUGAAUAUAAUCAAAGGCGAAAAUCAAAGACAUUGCGAAAAGAA